UUUAUUUAUAUUAAUUAAAAUAUAAUAUUUUAGGAAUUAAAACAGGUCUUAUUGCUUGUCAAUAUCUUGAUCCUGGAAAAUUUUAUGUUGUUUUUCUUGAAAAAUGUACAUCAAAUAUGAAUAUUUAUUGUCCACUUGAUUUUCAAGAACGUAUAGUUGAUGAUUUAACAUUGGAAUUAUUAGAAAGAACAUGUCAUUUAAAACGUAUUUCACCAUUAAAUUCAAUAUCAAAUAAAUGUCCAAAUGUAUCAAUUGAUAAAUUUUGUCCGAAUGAUAAUAUAAAUAUAAAAAUAAAACCGAGAGGAAAACUUUAUGAUUUAUUAAAUACAAAUAUGCAAUCAAUAUUUAAUAAUCACAAACAAUUUUAUCAUCAAUCAAAUGUAACUUUAGUUAAAGAUCGAUUAUUAAUUAAUCAAUAUGUAGAUAAUCCACGUAAUUAUGCUCGUUUAUCAACAUUAACUUCUGUAUGGAUUAUUUAUCUUAUUGUUAAUAUAUUAAUGUUUAACUAA